AAGCCAUGUCUUUCCUCACUUCCUCUCAACGCAUUGGGUUUGGUUUGGCACUCUCCAGUUAGCAGGCGGCCAUCUUGGAUAUAGCAAUCAAGCAAACUACCCUUACUUUUGGGAUGGGGAGGACUUUAACCGAACUUGGGUCUUUCGGGGUACCAGCACCAUCGGAAAGCGGGGCAGCGCGCGUCGGAAGCUGAAAAUCAAUAGUAACCCAAGCCGCCAAAACUGGCUGCAAAUUCUGAGACCGGUUUUACGUUAACUCCCCUUUUUCCUUGACUAGACAUUCUGUGCAUUUGUAGAGAGCCCGUGAACUAUUGGAAUACAGUUUAUUGAGUUUUAGUUCCCUAAAAACGUAUUGGAACAUUUUGGAGCUCGGGGUUAUGGUUUGUUGUUGGACAACCUUUUGUGGGUUGUUGUGUUUUUCGCAAUCUGUCCCACCUCUGUACAGUAAUGCGGUUCGACAAUUUACCUAAUUAAUCUGUGGUCUAGACAUCUUCCAGCGUGUGUUUGCUGGAAUUUCGGCGUUGCGUUAAAUCCAUGUUCUUCAAUAGCAUUUGUAGACCUGCUUUCCUGUUGGGCUAAGGUGCAACAAAAUAAAAAAGGAGACCCAGAACGCCGAACCACUUCGGGGAACAAGACAUUAAAAUGUCAACCAGAACGCCACUACCUACUGUCAAUGAGCGUGAUACUGAAAAUCACACCUCGCACACCGAUGGGCGCAACGAGGUCACCACGCGGCCCGUCCGCUCAGGCGCCCGCUGCCGGAACUCCAUUGCCUCGUGCGCCGACGAGCAGCCUCACAUCGGCAACUACCGGCUGCUCAAGACCAUCGGAAAGGGCAACUUCGCCAAGGUCAAGCUGGCGCGCCACAUCCUCACGGGCCGAGAGGUUGCCAUCAAAAUCAUUGACAAGACACAGCUGAAUCCUACCAGUCUUCAAAAGCUCUUCAGGGAAGUCCGAAUAAUGAAGAUUCUAAACCAUCCAAACAUUGUGAAACUGUUUGAGGUGAUAGAGACUGAGAAGACUCUCUACCUAGUGAUGGAAUAUGCCAGUGGUGGGGAGGUCUUUGACUACCUCGUAGCACAUGGGAGGAUGAAGGAGAAGGAGGCCAGGGCUAAAUUUAGACAGAUUGUGUCAGCUGUACAGUACUGCCAUCAGAAACACAUCGUACACAGAGACCUGAAGGCUGAGAACUUACUCCUGGACGCCGACAUGAACAUCAAGAUUGCCGACUUCGGCUUUAGUAAUGAGUUCGUCAUGGGCAGUAAGCUGGACACGUUCUGCGGCUCUCCUCCCUACGCCGCCCCAGAGCUGUUCCAGGGGAAGAAGUACGACGGACCAGAGGUGGACGUCUGGAGCCUGGGGGUCAUCCUGUACACGCUGGUGUCAGGGUCGCUGCCCUUCGACGGUCAGAACCUCAAGGAGCUGAGAGAACGUGUUUUAAGGGGUAAAUACCGUAUCCCUUUCUACAUGUCCACUGACUGUGAAAACCUCCUCAAGCGUUUCCUGGUGCUCAACCCAGCCAAGCGCGGUACACUUGAGGUGAGGGAGGAAGGCCAAAAUCAAAUCAUGAAGGACCGGUGGAUAAACGCCGGCUGUGAGGAGGAGGAGAUGAAGCCCUUCGUGGAACCAGAAACGGACAUCACGGACCAGAAGAGAAUAGACAUCAUGGUGGGGAUGGGCUACACUCGGGAGGAGGUGACUGAGUCUCUAACCAGGAUGAAGUACGAUGAGAUCACCGCCACCUACCUGCUACUGGGCAGGAAGUCCACAGAGUUGGAGGCCAGUGACUCCAGCUCUAGCAGUAACCUGUCUCUGGCCAAGGUGCGGCCCGCCAGCGAGCACAACAACAAUGGCCAGUCUCCGGCCCACCUCAAGGCCCAGCGGUCCAUCUCCGGCACCCAGAAACAGAGACGCUACAGCGACCAGGCCGGUCCGUCCAUUCCCUCGGUGGGCUACCCCAAGAGGAGCCAGACCACCUCGGAUGACAACGGCGACCACAAAGAGGACGGGGGUGCCCAGCCACGGAAGUCUGUUUCAUCAGGCGGGCGUGGUGGCAGCGGUGCCCCUGCCAGUCCCCUAUUGGGUAACGCCAACAACCCCAACAAGGCCGACAUCCCCGACCACAAGAAGGGCUCCACCACACCCAGCACUAACUCCACAUCAGGGGGCAUGAGAAGGAGGAACACGUAUGUGUGUAGCGAGAGGAACGCCUCGGACCGCCACUCUGUCAUCCAGAACGGAAAAGAAAACAGCACGUCGACGACGUCUGGCCAGCGGAACCCCGGUGGCUCCUCCACCCACAGCAUCAGCAGCAGCGCCACGCCCCCCGACCGGCUGCGUUUCCCCCGCGGCACGGCCAGCCGCAGCACCUUCCACGGCGGCCAGCUGCGGGAGCGUCGCACGGCCACCUACAACGGCCCGCCGGCCUCACCCACGCUGUCGCAUGACGCCACGCCCCUCUCGCAGUCCCGCAGCCGAGGCACCACCAACCUCUUCACCAAGCUCACCUCCAAGCUCACGCGCAGAGGCCCGGCAGAGUUUGAGAGAAACGGGAGGUUGGAGAGCUCAAGUCGCAACAUGUCAGGUGAUCAGAAGGAGGACCAGCAGCAGCUCCAGCAGCAUCCUCAGCCCCCUCACGGCCAACACCCCAAGGACACCAAGCCGCGCUCCCUCCGCUUCACCUGGAGCAUGAAGACUACAUCGUCCAUGGAGCCCAACGACAUGAUGCGCGAGAUCCGCAAGGUGCUGGACGCCAACAACUGCGACUACGAGCAGCGCGAGCGUUUCCUGCUGCUGUGCGUGCACGGAGACGGCCACGCUGAGAGCCUGGUCCAGUGGGAGAUGGAGGUGUGCAAGCUACCGCGCCUCUCGCUCAACGGCGUGCGCUUCAAGCGGAUCUCGGGCACAUCCAUCGCCUUCAAGAACAUAGCGUCCAAAAUUGCCAACGAACUCAAAUUGUAGGUCCUCCUAGAGAUAUGGGAGGGGGAAAGUGUUUACCACGCACGUAAAAUAUUGCGGUUCAAAAUUGACUAAAGCAACGUAAUGUGGGGAAAGAAAGCAUUUUGAAAUGGACUUGAGUCAAGUCGAAUCUGAACGAGCUGUACAGUCGUUAUUAAGUAGCAGAUCUACGGACUUCCUCCGAGACACUUACAAAGUAUGUAUUGAAAACGAUGUAUAGCUUUAGGCAAUAAUUUCCUGUGUCUUUGGAGCAUUAUCCUUAUUAUUAAUAUUAUUAUUAUUAUUGAUGAUGUAACAGGUGGUCUUGAGCUGUCGGGAACGUUGGUCUGACAUUGACAUGUAGUUUGGGUCUUGUUUUAUUGAUGAAUGCACUAUUGCAUUGUCUCCUUUUGUGGCUCUGGAAAAUACCUCUCAAAUGGGAGUUUAAACUCAUACAAGGGAGGGAGAGAAGUGGAGGAGGAACACAAAAACUGACCCCUUCCCGCUGUUACAAGUACCAAGAAUUCCUCUUGCUAGGAGAAUAUGGUUGCCAGAUAUGACUGGUUGGAAUAGAUAGGCUUGCUAAUAGGGCUGCCAGAUAUGACUGGUUGGAUAGCCUAGCUAAUUGCACAACAAGUGACUGUAUUAUUGUUAGCACUGUCAAACUGAUUUUGACAGUCAAUUGUGCUCUCUCCCAUUUACUUAACCAACCUCUACACAUACACACAGACUUUCAUUCUAUGAUUUGAAGCCGUUGAUCAUCAGUGUUCAUCUGUGUGGUUACAGUAUAAAUGCAAUGUAUGGACUCAGCUGGUCAAGUCCCUGCUGUAUGGGGUCACCCAUCCCAGAGAGCAGGGUCUGGAGGAGGCCGGCGACGCGACAACGCACUUUGGCAGACCCCUGCUUCAAAACAGGGGAAUGUUGCCAAGUAUCAUGGGACUUUGAUUCAUUUGCUACAAAAAAAAGUAUUCACAGAGAAAUAGGGAAGGUUUUCCUUCCUGGCGUAUAUGAAUAUUUAGUGGUUUUUCCUUUGAUGCUGUUCCAUUUUUUUUACGGUUCUCUUCUCAGAUGUUACUGAAAUGUCCCCCGCUAUCUGGUCCCGCCCAACCGGGCCCACGGGCCGAGUCAGAUGCGGUCGGCCAUUCCUGGGACACAAAAGUUCAAAGUUCAACCAUGGCUGUUUUCAGGCCUCCAGUAUUCACUCCCAUCCUCAUAUAAACAUUGGCACUAUUUGAAUUUUUUUCUGGAAUGUAAAUAAUGUACCUCAGUUUGGCAACAGCUGUAUAAUGAUAUACUUCCCCUUUUCUGUUGUGUUUUUGUCUGGGCUAUGAGACGGGAGCUGUGGAAUUAACGUUAACUCAUUCGUCCCUGGGUAAGGUUAACCAGUGUCUCCAUUAAAACACCUUCAAAAUGA